UUUAUUCAAUUCUUCUUUAAUAAUUUAUCUUUGCUAAAUUAAUUUUAUAACAUUUUUAAUAUUUUAAAAAUAUAAUAUUCAUACAUGAAUUUUUUAGAAAAAAGUUGAAGCUGUCUUUUUAGUCAUAGACUUGGUCUGGACACUCCGUUGACUCGCAAGUUGCAGCGUAUAAUGUAAUUAAGAGAAAUCAUUGAACUGGUCCUGGAAUUUUUGUUUUUCUUGGUGGGGUUUUCAAGAGAUUCAGAUUUAUGCUUUCUUUUCCUUCAUGGAGUUGAAAAAGGAAAAGCUUGUAAGGUUUUAUUCUGAUGGGAAACAGCAUAAAGAAUCUCCGUGGGGGAAAAAUGACCUUCCAUUGCACCUUGAGAGAUCAUCCUCUGCCUAUAAGAUUGCACUACCUUCAGUGCUAAAUGGGUUGGAUGGGGGAAGAAAUCGACUUCCAGAAACAAGCAAAAUUGGGAGGUCUAUGCUGCUUGUGAACAAAAAUGAACCAUGGCACAAGAGAAUACUUGACCCGGGUAGUGAUAUUGUGUUGCAAUGGAACCGGGUUUUCAUCUUUGCAUGCUUGGUCGCACUUUUUGUUGACCCAUUGUAUUUUUACUUGCCUUCUGUGGGAGGCAAUGCAAAUACUUCAUGUGUGAAGACAGACACUGAGUUGCGAAUUGUUGUCACCUUGUUCCGGACUGUAGCAGAUCUUUUCUAUUUGCUGCACAUGGUUAUAAAAUUUAGGACAGCCUAUAUUGCACCAAGCACUCGAGUAUUUGGAAGAGGAGAACUAGUGAUGGAUCCAAAGAAGAUUGCCCAGAGGUAUCUUAGAUCUGAUUUCUUCAUUGAUCUCAUUGCAACCCUGCCUCUCCCUCAGCUCGUCAUCUGGUUUAUUAUACCAGCUACAAGAACCCCCCGAACUGAUCACACGAACAAUGCCCUCGCAUUGAUUGUUCUAAUUCAGUAUAUUCCUAGAUUGUAUUUGAUUUUUCCAUUGAGUUCUGAAAUAAUCAAAGCAACUGGAGUGGUCACGAAGACUGCUUGGGCAGGAGCUGCGUAUAAUCUGUUACUCUAUAUGUUGGCUAGCCAUGUUCUGGGGGCAUCAUGGUAUGUCCUCUCAGUUGAUAGAUAUACAUCAUGCUGGAAAAAAGAGUGUGGGAAGGAAACGAGCCCUAAAUGCAUUCUUAACUAUUUAGAUUGUGAUACUUUUAACCAUCAGGAUCGUGAGAUAUGGGCAAAAAGCACAAAUGUGUUCAAAAGUUGUGAUCCAAAUAAUCAAGAAAUUGAUUUCGAUUAUGGCAUAUUCAAAAAUGCAGUUACAAAAAAUGUUGUGUCAUCAGUCUUUAUUAAGAAGUAUUUCUAUUGUUUGUGGUGGGGCCUACAACAACUCAGUUCAUAUGGACAGAAUUUGUCAACAAGCACAUAUAUUGGGGAGACAUCAUUUGCAAUACUUAUUGCAAUCUUGGGUCUGGUUUUGUUCGCACACUUGAUCGGGAAUAUGCAGACAUACCUGCAAUCUCUAACUGUGAGAUUAGAGGAAUGGAGACUUAAGCGAAGAGAUACUGAGGAGUGGAUGAGCCAUCGCCAACUCCCUGAAGAUUUGAGACGUCGUGUUCGCCGUUUUGACCAGUACAAGUGGCUUGCAACUAGAGGAGUUGAUGAAGAAUCCAUCCUUCGUGGCUUACCUGCUGAUCUUCGGCGUGAUAUUCGGCGUCAUCUGUGCUUAGAUCUUGUUCGACGUGUUCCAUUCUUCUCGCAGAUGGAUGAUCAGCUGCUUGAUGCAAUUUGUGAACGUCUAGUAUCUUCCCUGAGCACUCAAGGAACUUACAUUGUUCGAGAGGGUGACCCUGUAACCGAGAUGCUGUUUAUUAUCAGAGGUACACUGGAAAGUUCCACAACUAAUGGAGGCCGUACUGGUUUUUUUAACUCAAUUACACUGAGACCAGGCGACUUUUGUGGGGAGGAGCUGCUUGCAUGGGCUUUGCUCCCAAAAUCCACCCUCAACUUGCCUUCUUCAACUCGAACUGUUAAAGCUCUGGUUGAAGUUGAAGCUUUUGCCUUGCAAGCCGAGGAUCUCAAGUUCGUGGCUAACCAAUUUAGACGCCUCCACAGUAAGAAGCUGCAGCAUACAUUUCGGUUUUACUCCCACCACUGGAGGUCAUGGGCAGCUUGCUUUAUACAGGCUGCUUGGCGCCGGUACAAGAAGAGGAAGCUGGUCACAACAACAGAGUCCUUUGCUUCAGAUGAGAGAGAGACAGAUGAGACUGGACACGAGGAAGAGGAGGAUCAUUAUCCUCCUAGUUCAACUUCCUCUCAAGCGAAACUGAACCUUGGGGCUACCAUACUGGCUAAAAGAUUUGCUGCAAAUACAAGGAGAGGAGCACAGAGACUUAAAGAUGUUGAGAUGCCAAAAUUACAAAAGCCUGAAGAGCCCGACUUCUCAACCGAGCCUGAUGAUUAGUUCAGUUACUAGCAUUAGGCUAGAUUCGACAUGACAGCUUCCUCUUCCUUGGUUAAGAGUUACACGAAGAACUCUUUUUAGAUAGCUUCAAAAAUUCCACGUUCUACUUUGCCCAACAAUCUAAAAUAGUCAUUGUGGUUGUGCUCAAGUAUAUGCACAAGCCCUCUUCAUUUGAAAUUUGAGGGCUGUGAAGGACAGAGAGUGGGGCUUUUUCUGGGUCCUGUUGGCACCUGUAUGUUUUUUGUAAUUUUAUAUUUAACUUGCUUGCUUCAUCAUUGUUGAUCAAGCUAAUUACAGCAAUGGCCUGAAGAAACUAUUGGCCUUUAAAAAAUCUACAAAUGAUGUAUUAACUCGCUUCUUGUGACUCUUUUAAUGCAUCAAUUUGGUUCUCUUGUA